AAUAACAGGAAACCAAGACCAGGCAGGGCCCCACCCCGCCCCGGCAGAGCCCUCAGUCUGCCCCCGGGGGAGGCCAUGAACGCCACGGGGUCCCCGACGGUGCCCCCCGGCUCCUGCCAGCAGCUGGCGGCCGGCGGGCACAGCCGGCUCAUCGUCCUGCACUACAACCACUCGGGCCGGCUGGCGGGGCGCGGCGGGCCGGAGGAGGGUGGCCUGGGGGGCAUGCGGGGCCUCUCGGUGGCCGCUGGCUGCCUGGUGGUGCUGGAGAACCUGCUGGUGCUGGUGGCCAUCGUGACACGCAUGCGGUCCCGGCGCUGGGUCUAUUACUGUCUGGUCAACAUCACGCUGAGCGACCUGCUCACCGGGGUGGCCUACAUGGUCAACGUGCUGCUGUCGGGGACCCGGACCUUCCGCCUGGCACCGGCCCACUGGUUCCUGCGGGAGGGCAUCCUCUUCAUGGCACUGGCUGCCUCCACCUUCAGCCUGCUCUUCACAGCCGGCGAGCGCUUUGCCACCAUGGUGCGCCCGGUGGCCGAGAGCAGGGCCACCAAGACGGGCCGCGUGUGUGGCUUCAUCGGGCUGUGCUGGCUGCUGGCCGGGCUGCUGGGGCUGCUGCCCCUGCUCGGCUGGAACUGCGUGUGUGCCUUCGAGCGCUGCUCCAGCCUCCUGCCCCUCUACUCCAAGGGCUACAUCCUCUUCUGCGUGCUGGUCUUUGCCUUCAUCCUGGCCACCAUCAUGGCCCUCUAUGGGGCCAUCUUCCGUGUCGUGCGGGCCAACGGGCAGAAAGCCCAGCGCCCCCCAGCCCGCCGCAAGUCCCGCCGGCUCCUGAAGACGGUGCUCAUGAUCCUGGUGGCCUUCGUGGUGUGCUGGGGACCGCUCUUUGGUCUGCUGCUGGCCGAUGUCUUUGGCUCCAACGUCUGGGCGCAGGAGUACCUGCGGGGCAUCGACUGGAUCCUGGCCCUGGCCGUCCUCAACUCCGCGGUCAACCCGCUCAUCUACUCGUUCCGGAGCCGCGAGGUGCGCCGCGCCGUCCUGGCCUUCGCCUGCAGCGGGUGUCUCCAGCUGGGGCUGCGAGGUCCCGGGGACUGUCUGGUCCGGGCCACCGAGGCCCACUCGGGCACCUCCACCACCGACAGCUCGCUGAGGCCCAGGGACAGCUUUCGGGCCUCCCGAUCGCUCAGUUUUCGAAUGCGGGAGCCCCUGACCAGCAUCUCCAGCGUGCGGAGCGUCUGA